CUCCGGAGGAUCGGUAACGGUUAAAAAUGUCAAGGAAUUUGUCUACGGGAAUCUCAAACACAACACACCAGUUUUGCUGUCUUUGUCCAGAUAUUUAAGAAGUGCAGCAAGGGUUUCACACGAUCAUCCUUCCUGCUCAGACUGUGGGGAGGGAUUCACUCGAUUGUCCUUCCUGCUCAGACUGUAUGGAGGGAUUCACUCUGUCAUCUAACUGACUGGCACACCCAUCGUUUUACAUGGGAGUUCACCUGCUCAGACAGUGGGAAUGGAUUCACUCGGUCAUUUCAACUGAAGGUACUUCAGCAAGUUCACACUGGGCAGAGGCUGGUCAACUGCUGGAAUUGUGGGAAAGGAUUCACUCAGUCAUCUGACCUAAUGGCUCACCAGCGAGUUCACACUGGGGAGAGGCCGUUCAUCUGCUCAGACUGUGGGAAGGGAUUCAUUUCGCCAUCUAAACUGAAGAUACAUCAGAGAGUUCACACUGGAGAGAGGCCAUUCACCUGCUCAGAUUGUGGGAAGGGAUUCACUCAGUCAUCCUACCUACUGGUACACCAGUCAGUUCACACUGGGGAAAGGCCGUUCACCUGCUCAGAGUGUGGGAAAGGAUUUACUCAAUCAUCCACCCUAAUGGCUCACCAGCGAGUUCAUAGUGGGGAGCGGCUGUUCACCUGCUCGGACUGUGGGAGGGGGUUCACUCGGUCAUAUAAACUGAAGGUACAUCAGCGAGUUCACACUGGAGAGAGGCCAUUCACCUGCUCGGACUGUGGGAAGGGAUUCACUCAGUCAUCUCUACUGAAGUCACAUCAGCAAGUUCACACUGGGGAGCGGCCGUUCACCUGCUCAGACUGUGGGAAGGGAUUCACUUGCUCAUCUCAACUGAAGGUACAUCAGCGAGUUCAUACUGGGGAGAGGCCGUUCACCUGUUCAGUCUGUGGGAAGGGAUUCACUUUGUCACCUCACCUACUGAGACACCAGUUAGUUCACACUGGGGAGUGGCCAUUCACUUGCUCAGUCUGUGGAAAGGGAUUCACUGAAUCAUCUUUCCUGCAGAGACACCAAUCAGUUCACAUUGGCAAGUGGCGGUUCACCUGCUCAGACUGUGGGAAGGGAUUCAAUCGGUCAUCUCACCUGCUGUCACACCAGUCAGCCCAUACAGGGAAAGGGCCGUUCACCUGCUCAGUCUGUGGGAAGGGUUUCAUUUCAUCAUCUCAACUGAAGAUACAUCAGCGAUUUCACACCGGGGAGAGGCCUUUCUCCUGCACAGACUGUGGGAAAGGAUUCACUAUGUCAUCUCAUCUGAAGGUACAUCAGUGAGUUCACACUGGGGAGAGGCCAUUCACCUGCUCAGACUGUGGGAAGGGAUUCACUUCGUCAUCUCAACUGAAGGUACAUCAGAGAGUUCACACUGGGGAGAGGCCGUUCACCUGCUCAGACUGUGGGAAGGGAUUCACUCGGACAUAUCAACUACAGAGACACCAGCGAGUUCACACUGGGUAGAGGCCAAUUUCAUGCUCAGACUUUGGGAAAAAAUUCUCUCAGCUAAAUCAACCAA